CUAGCUACUCUGUCUUGUUUGUGCUUCUCUAGCUUUCUCCUUCUGUCUUGGCACUAAACGAAUAGUGUGUAAUAGCUCUCCGGCCUGCACUAACCAGCCUCUGAUUUAAGGUAAGUAAAUAGCAGAGUGUGACCACCUUCUUCAAGUUGGCAGACAAUUCAAGGAAAACAAGAGCAACAUGGGCAAGGGCAAGAAAGACAUUAUUCGAUUAGAGCGUGAAUCCGUCAUUGCAGUUAUUAAGCCCAGACUCAUCAUGACCUUAACCAAUCUCAUCGAGCAAAGUUCUGAUCGGACUGAGUUUUUGAAGCUAUGCAAGAGGGUCGAGUACACAAUUCGGGCUUGGUAUCUUCUACAAUUUGAGGAUUUGAUGCAACUGUACUCCCUCUUUGAUCCUGUACAUGGAGCCCAGAGGUUGGAGCAACAGAAACUUGACGAUGAAGAAAUUGAUGUGCUUGAACAAAAUUUCCUCAUGUACUUAUUUCAGGUGAUGGAAAAGAGUAAUUUUAAGAUUGCAAAUAAUGAAGAAAUUGAGGUUGCGGCUUCAGGGCAGUAUCUUCUACGUCUUCCCAUCGUGGUUGAUGAGUCUAAGCUUGACAACAGACUUUUGAAGAAAUAUUUCGAAGGUCAUCCUACCGAAGACAUUCCAGAUUUUGCUGAUAAGUAUGUCAUCUUCCGACGCGGCAUUGGACUUGAUAAGACAACCGGUUGGUUUUUCAUGGAGAAGGUGGACAUUAUCAUUGCACGUUUUUGGAAAUAUCUUUUACAAAUAACAAAGUUAGACAAGUUUUUCAAGAAACCAACCCCUAAGAAGAGGGAUUCAGAAUCUGAUACAGAUGAGGACGGCUUCUUUGUUGAACGAAUCCGUCUUGAAAACAUGGAACUAAGCGUUCAAACUUUGCUUCUUAAGAACACAAUCCAGGAGCCAACUUUUGAUAGGAUUAUCGUUGUUUACAGACAAGCAACUACCGACGAGGAUGGUUCAGAACGGGGAAUACAUAUUAAACAUUUCAAAAAUAUUCCAAUGGCUGAUUUGGAGAUAGUUCUUCCUGAAAAGAAGAACCCAGGUUUAACACCAAUGGACUGGCUCUCGUUCAUAGGCUCUGCUGUAGUUGGUCUGGUUGCUGUUAUUACUUCGAUUGAAACUACUAAAGUCGAUCUUUGGGUUAUGUUUGCAAUUCUUUCCACUGUGAUUGGUUACUGUGCUAAGACAUAUUUCAGUUUUCAGCAGAACUUAGCUCAAUAUCAGAACUUGAUAACACAAUCCAUGUACGAAAAACAACUAGAUAGUGGAAGGGGAACUCUUCUUCACUUGUGUGAUGACGUGAUUCAACAGGAAGUGAAGGAAGUAAUAGUUUCUUUCUAUAUGUUAAUGGAACAAGGGAAAGCUACUUUACCUGAUCUGGACAAGUGGUGUGAGGACCUAAUCAAAGAACAGUUUAACGACGAUAUCAAUUUUGAUGUGGACGAUGCAGUUAAGAAGUUAGAGAAAUUGGGAAUUGUUACUCGGGAUACCCUUGGACGGUAUAGCGCUGUUGGGCUGAAACGUGCUAACGAGAUCAUUGGCACCACCACUGAGGAGGUUGUCCUCAAGGCAAAACAAGAUGCUGCUAAUGCUCCUGCUUCUUCUGCAGCUGCUGCGGUCGCUGCCGCUGGUUAUUAAUAAGUGAUCAUGCACCCUCUCUAAACUUCGUACUCCUAAAUAUUGGCCACUCGAGAUGCUCUUUACACUCAGGCUCCAUAGAGACUACAUCAUCAUCAUUUUUGAUGGAAGAUUUUGCUCAGUUAUUUCCCUUGGGAAUUUCAUUUCUUCCACUCGAAGUUGUUUGUUAAUAAUAAUGGUUCUUUUAGGAUAAGGCUAGGCCAUCAUCUUUGAUGGAAGAUUAUAAUCAAUCAUUUCGUUAAGGUCUCGUCCUUAACAUACAGUAUUUGAUUCC